AUGGUAAAUUUACAGGGAGCAUCAGAGAGCAGUAAAUUUACGGAGAGCUUCAGAGAGCAGAUUCAAGCGGUCAAACGAGAUGCUGGAUGCUCAGCUUGUACAGGCCUUGAGAACACCAAGCACAAAUCCGCCAUCGAGGAUGAAGUCCUAAAAAAGCUCAAAACUUCCAAGACACUUUCUCCGGAUAAACCAUCCAGUCUCCUAAGAAAUGUGUGGUUCCACGUGGUCCUGCACUUUUGUAGAAGAGGUAGAGAGGGUCAGCGAGCGUUGAAAAAAAAAAAACAAGCUUCCUGUUUGAACAAGAUGCAAGCGGCCGGCGCUACGUAACUAGUCGCACUACGAAGCGACAAAGAACCAUCCUGGAGGAUGAACGACACCGCGAGUUUAGAGAAACAAGCACGAAUGUACGAGACAGACCACCAAUAUGAUGGCUUCAAAGCUUUUCAAUUGUAUAUUUCGAAACUGAAUCCCAAAUGUGAAACAUUUCUCCAGUUUCCAAAGAAAUGCUGGUGUCCCGACGACGACGUGUGGUUUGACAACAAGCCUGUCGGAGUAAACAAACUGGACGGUAUGAUGAAAGAGAUAAGCCGUGAAUCAAACCUCUCACGUCAAUACACAAACCACUGUGUCAGAGCCACUGAUAUCACUAUGUCUAAUGCUGGAGUUCCAAACCGCCAUAUUAUGGCCAUUUCUGGCCAUAGAAACGAGCAAAGCUUGGCGCACUACAACACACGGCCGUCCACAGAGCUAGCUUCACCAUUGCUCCGAUGUUAUUUCACGCAGUUUGACCAGGACAGUCCGUAG